ACCAUGCACACAGCUAGGGACGAACCCAACAACAACUUCAUUCAUCCGCGCGGGCUUCCGGCUUCUCUUCUCUUCCCGUACCGGCCAUAUUUCUCGCAAUUAAUCUUGAAACUCAUCAGCAGGUCAAUUUCUCUUCCGCCGUUCGACCAAAGCAAGCUAGCUCUAUCGUCAAUGAAGCACCAGAGAGAUCCAUCCGAGAUGCCCCUCUCCCUCUCACUGUCCCUCAUGGCAGCCGAACGCAAGAUCAAGAAGCUCCGACAUCGCGCCGGAGGCGCCGGCGAGUCGCCGGCGUUCGUGUGCAAGACUUGCAGCCGCGCCUUCGCGUCGUUCCAGGCGCUGGGAGGGCACCGGACAAGUCAUCUCCGCGCCCGCAACGGCCUCGCCCUCAGCCUCGCCGGCUCGUCGCCGGUCAGGAAGUCGACGGAGCAGAUCAAGAAGCCGCCGCAGCCGCAGCAGCAGCAGCAGCACGAGUGCCACGUGUGCCGGGCCGGGUUCGAGACGGGGCAGGCCCUCGGGGGCCACAUGCGCCGGCACCGCGAGGAGGCCGCCGCGCAGCUGGUGCCUCCCGUCCUGCUCCAGCUCUUCGUCUAGCUAGAUCUAGAUGAGUAGUACCGAUGGGUGCAGGAUUAUUGCUGCACACUUUCCUAGCUAGGUGUUGUUGUUGUUGAUCGUUGAUUCAUUCGUUGGUUCAUUUGGCCGUGUACAUAAUACAGUUUAGGACUUGUUCAUUCGUCGGAGAUAUAUAUGCAUUGAUUCGUUCGUUUCUUUUGA